GCCAUGGAAAUCAGGGUGCAUACCCUUUAAAAGCAGCUUUGGCCUCCGAGACAGCGUUUUCCCAGUCUUUCUUCCCCUCCCUGCGCAACGCCUCUUGGUGGACAUCCGGGAGAACCCGAAAGUCGCUCGUUGCCUGGUUGGAUGCAGAGUACAAACUACAUUACCCAGAAAUCUGUGCCCAGCGCAUUGGUAGCCGGAGUGCAGCCAAUGACAGCCCAGAAACUGGGUGUUUCCUGCUGCUCGGGGAGGCGGGGCGAGACUUCUGGCGUCGCCGUCGUGACGUAUUUUUCCUUUGCCCGGUCUGUGUAUUCUGGUUGUGAAGGCUGAGUCCUAGAUGGGGUCGCCUUUCUACUCGGCUCUCGCGGAACCUAGCAAGGAAAGACAGUGAAGGCUGCAGGACCUUCCUCCGCACUUUUGUUACAGUCCAUGACCCCUGUCGUGGGAAGGGCGGUCUCUUGCGGAGGUGUCUGCCGGGGCUGGGCUCUUACCGAGGCCUCCACACACGCCCUCUUGUCCUUGUCUCCGCCGGAGGCAGCCGCCUUAGUCUUGUGAGCGUUUUUACACCGGAUGGACUGAGACUCGCAGUGCUACACUCAGCCCGAGGGCGUCCAGCGAGGUGGAGGCGUGGGGUUUCGGCUGAGCCCACAGGGCACAGCCCGUUCACCCCUUUCUCACGUUCACCUGCUUCUCAUGGCAGCGGCGGUGCUGAUGGACCGGGUUCAGAGUUGUGUGACCUUCGAGGAUGUGUUCGUGUACUUCUCUCGGGAGGAGUGGGAACUCCUUGAGGAGGCACAGAGAUUCCUGUACCGUGAUGUGAUGCUGGAGAACUUUGCACUUGUGGCCACACUAGCUUUCAUUUUCCCAGUCCCAUGCAGUUGCCCAGUUGGAGAGGGGCAGAAAACCUUGGGUGCCUGACAGGGCAGACACCACUGCAGCCACAGUGAAGGAGACCUACAGAGGGCCUGGCCCUGCUGAAUGGGAGCUGGAAGAGGGUGUCUGUUAUGGUUGGGUUCAAAUCGAACCUUCAACUUGUUUUAUGUUUGUCAGUGUUUUGUUGCCAAGGCCCAUAGUGAUUCUUCACAUCUACUUUUCUUUCCUCAUUCUUGGCACUUUUCCCAUUUGUCAUUUCUCACCUGUCUUCCAUCCUUUGGGUGUUUUUCCACUUUUUUGGCCUCCAUGUUUCACUUCCUCUCUUCAACACUAGCUUACUUUAAUGUGUUAUGAGUUUUGCUCAUUAAAUAGUCCUUGAGAACUAGCUACUUACUUGGAGUCAGAUUUUCCUGGGCAUGGACACACCCAUUUGCACAGAGCUCACUUGACACCAGCAGCUAAGGCCCUGCUGAAACCCUCUUGCAGAGAAAUCAGCUAGAGGCUUAACCUCUACUCCCGGUCCUGUAUGCCAUUGUGUUUAGGUCUUUACCCCGUAGUUAGGGUUCCUCCAUUCUGUGACCUGUACAGGCCCUGUACUGACAACCAACCCUUCUUUACACUGCUCCUGGCUCUCUUGUCCUGCCAACAAGCCAGUGGACUCGCAUUGGUGUUAGAUACACAUUUGUGACGGGGCUGCGGCCUCCCACCACAGUCAGCGUGCACUUCACCAGCAUCGUUUUGCUUUCAGGUUUUUGGUGUGAAACAGAAAAUGAGGAGGCACCUUCUGAGCAGAGUGUUUCUGUAGAAGGAGUAUCACAGGUCAGGACUGCUGAGCCAGGUCUCUUCCAGAAAGCACACCCAUGUGAGAUGUGUGACCCACUCUUGAAAGACAUUUUGCACCUGGCUGAACACCAGGAAUCACACCCUACACAGAAACUGUGCACACGUGGGCCGUGUAGGAGAAGAUUCUCAUCCAGUGCAGACUUUUACCAGCACCAGAAGCAACAUAAUAGAGAGAAUUGCUUCAGAGGGGAUGAUGGAGGGGCCUCAUUUGUGAAGAGCUGUACAGUUUGCAUGUUAGGGAGAUCCUUUACCUGCAGGGAGGAAGGGAUGGACUUACCAGACAGCUCUAGCCUCUUCCAGCACCAGACCACUUACAAUAGGAUGAGUCCAUGCAGAAGGACUGAAUGCAUGGAGUCUUUCUCACACAGCUCCAGUCUCGGGCAACGCCAAGGAGACUAUGAUGGACAGAUGCUCCUCAGUUGUGGUGAUGAAGGAAAAGCCUUCCUGGACACCUUUACUCUUCUUGACAGCCAGAUAACUCAUCCUGAGGUGAGACCCUUUAGAUGCCUACCAUGUGGAAAUGUGUUCAAGGAGAAAUCAGCUCUUAUUAAUCACAAAAAAAUCCACAGUGGAGAAACAUCUCAUGUGUGUAAGGAGUGUGGAAAAGCCUUCAUUCACUUGCACCACCUAAAAAUGCACCAGAAAUUCCACACUGGGAAAAGACAUUAUACAUGCAGCGAAUGUGGGAAGGCCUUCAGCCGCAAGGACACACUUGUUCAGCACCAGAGAGUUCACACUGGAGAAAGAUCUUAUGACUGCAGUGAAUGUGGAAAAGCCUACAGCAGAAGCUCCCACCUGGUUCAGCACCAGAGAAUCCACACAGGAGAAAGGCCCUAUAAGUGCAAUGAAUGUGGAAAAGCCUUUAGCCGUAAAGACACACUUGUUCAGCACCAGAGAUUUCAUACUGGAGAAAGGCCUUACGAGUGCAGUGAAUGUGGAAAGUUCUUUAGCCAAAGCUCCCACCUUAUUGAACACUGGAGAAUUCAUACUGGGGCAAGGCCUUAUGAAUGCAUAGAAUGUGGAAAAUUCUUCAGCCAUAACUCUAGCCUCAUUAAACAUCGGCGAGUCCACACAGGAGCAAGGUCCUAUGUGUGCAGCAAAUGUGGGAAGGCCUUUGGCUGCAAAGACACACUUGUUCAGCACCAGAUAAUUCACACUGGAGCAAGGCCUUACGAGUGCAGUGAAUGUGGGAAGGCCUUCAGCCGUAAAGACACACUUGUGCAACACCAAAAAAUCCACACUGGAGAAAGGCCUUAUGAGUGUGGUGAAUGUGGCAAAUUCUUUAGCCAUAGCUCCAACCUUAUUGUACACCAGAGAAUUCACACUGGAGCAAAGCCUUAUGAGUGCAAUGAAUGUGGGAAAUGCUUUAGCCACAACUCCAGCCUUAUUCUGCACCAGAGAGUUCACACAGGAGCAAGGCCUUAUGUGUGUAGCGAAUGUGGGAAGGCUUACAUUAGCAGCUCCCACCUUGUUCAACACAAGAAAGUUCACACUGGAGCAAGACCUUAUGAGUGCAGCGAAUGUGGGAAAUUCUUUAGCCGUAACUCUGGCCUCAUUCUACACCAGAGGGUUCACACUGGAGAAAAGCCUUAUGUAUGCAGUGAAUGUGGGAAAGCCUACAGCAGAAGCUCCCAUCUUGUUCGUCACCGGAAAGCUCACACUGGAGAAAGACCUCAUGAGUGCACCAGUUUUGGUGACCCUUUAGCUGCAUCUCUUAAACUUGUUUAACACCAGAAAAUUCACACAAAGAAAAAGGCCUUAUGAAUGCAGAAAAUAUGUCAUCUUCUUGGUCAUCCUCAUAGGAUUCACACCAGAGCAAUGCUCUGUGAGUACCCUUUGUGAGAGAACCAUCAGCGGAUGAGCAUUGUAUAUUCAUUCCACCCUGGGGAGAUUCCUGAUAAGCACCACAUAUGUGGGAAGCUUUCAUGAGGCGUGUUGCACUUUCUAACUGUCUAGGGUUCUUGUUGGAAUUAUAUCACUGCCAGUGCCUGUGGCGGAAGCCAUCUUAUUGCUACCAGCUGUAUGUAUCAGUCACUCCAUUUUGCUCAGGAAAGGCAGACUUCUGUGCUUUCUUUCCUGUUCCCUGCAGAUAAUCAUGAGUAUUUUCAAGGACUGCGCCCCCCCCCCCACACCUAACCCCCCACCAUUGAGGGUCCUCAUCUUUUCCCUCAUGAUUAGGUUCUGAGCAAACAUGAUCUAGCUCUGGCUAAAAGGACCUGAGCUAGGGUCUGCUGGGAUUUCCUGACAAAAUUUUGUCAGGAAACGUGAUAGCUGUGACUUACUUGUCUUAUUGCCAAAUCGCCCAAAUUUGGAACUGCUUGUCCCAUGCUGCUCUAGUUUAGACAGUGAUAAAGGCCUGUUGUGGCAGCCUUUACUCUUGGGGAUUUUGUUACUGUGUAGAGUAGAUUGAGAAAAGAAUUGGGUUCUGUCAUGAAGGGAGUAACACCUUUUGUGGGUACCACCUUUAUGUGCCUCAGAGGGUAUCAAAGGAUGGCAGAAGACAGCUCUCAGUCUAGUUUGACCUAAUUUACACCAUUGCCCUAGGCCUGCUGGAAAGACUAAAAAAAAUUUUGUGCCUAACUUUGUGGCCUGGCUGCCAGGAUUUCCUGUGAGCCCGAUGAGGGCAUAGUUGGUGUGAAAAUCUCCUGUGCUUCUAGAAGCACCAUAAGUUGGGUCCCUUGACUGUCACGUACUCCCCAGCACUGUUGAGGGAUUGCUGUUUUCUGUACCUGUACAGGAUCAAGUCCCUGAUAUCCAGAAUCCCAUAGGCAAGUGACAUUGACUGUAAGACCUCUAGGGCAAUGUGAAAAUCAUGAUUGGUACAUAAAUACUGAGAAAAUGGAGUGGGGAUGACUGUGGCAAACCAAAGGAGACUCAAACAUUCUAGAGGGGCAUCCACAAAUAUUGGUGCAGUUAUGAUGGUGUGGGAUGGGGGUGCAUAGAAAUUCUCAGUACCUUCAGACAUCUGUAUCUCCUGUGGCCAAGGCCACUGUCAGAGGAAAUAAUCUAAAUGUGGAUUCCUGUGUCUCCCUGGGCAGUUGACCUUACAGCCAUCACUGCACAGACAGGAACCUCAGCAGUGACAGAAGAGAGAUCCAUGGAUGGGUCUUCUCUGACCCAGCCAGCGUCCCUAGUGACUGAGGUGGACACAGACUUCAUUGCUCACCAAUUUUUAGCAACAUUGAGGCAGGGCUCACUCUCCUAAAUUGUAGGGAAAGGAGUAUGGUAGAGCCAAAAUAGUUGACAUCUAAUUUUCCUAGUGGAACAGUAUAUAUAGAUUUUAAUGAGGAACAUUUAUUUAACAGCUUUAUGGAGGUAUGAUUAACAUGCAAUAAACUGCAUAUACGUAAAGUGUAAAAUGUGCUAUGUUUCAGCAUGUGUAUACACCUAUGAAACCACCACAAUCAAGAUAUCCAACACAACAAAAGAUUGUCCCUUUAUAAUCCUGUGUCUUUUCUCAUCUUGUUUUCCACAAUUCACAAGCAACAGCAAGCAUUUUCUAUAAUUUUAUAAAUGAAACCAUAUGGUGUGUACUUUUUAGGGGGUGGGGCUCUGACUUUUUCAGUAAACAUAACUAUUUUAAGGUUAAUCCAUUAUCUUGUUGCAUGAAUCAAUUGUUUACUCAUUUGUAUUGCUAAGUAGUAUUUCAUUGUGUACCACAAGUUUUCUUUUUUGUCAACUUAAUUGUUAUGGAUGUUUGGGUAACUUUCAGAUUUUGGCUACUACAAAUAAACCUCUGAAGAUUCGUGUACAAGUUA